GAACGUGACUCAUUGAAGAUGCAGUUUUGCGCAGUUAUUGUGUGCAUUUGAAGCCAGCGGACAUCCCUUCCAGUAUAAUAAUAUAUCAAAUAAUUUAUUAGGCGUUUUUGUGAACCGAUUAGAUUAGACCGAUUAGCUAUUAUACGCAUUUGUGAACCAAGUUGUUUAUGCUAAUCGUUACAUUUGUGAGACGAUUUAACUCAACUGAUUAGGCAAAUCGACCUAAUCUUCCCAGGAGGUGUUUAGGCGAUUAGAUUUGACUUUUUCAAAAUGGCGGAAUGUUCGACGUCUAAAAAUACAUUGAAAGAUGAAGUUAACAUUACUAGUUGUAAAAGAAAAGGAUAUUUGGAGUGGCCAGAUUAUUUCAUGGCGAUUGCCUUUUUAUCAGCACAGAGAAGUAAAGAUCCUAGAACACAGGUGGGUGCAUGUAUUGUAAAUCGUGAGAAGAAGAUUGUUGGUAUUGGUUAUAAUGCAAUGCCUAAUGGUUGUGAUGAUGAUAGUAUGCCAUGGGGUAGAGAUUCAGAAGAUGUUUUAAAAACUAAAGAGUUAUAUGUAUGUCAUGCUGCGUUAAAUGCUGUUUUAAAUAAGAAUUCUGCUGAUGUAAAGAACUGUACGAUAUAUUCGGCAUUAUUUCCAUGUAAUGAAUGUGCUAAAGUUGUUAUACAAUCCGGUAUAACAGAAGUUGUAUAUUAUUCUGAUAAAUAUGGGGACAGACCACAAUCUAAAGCUUCAAGAAUUAUGUUUGAAAAAGCUAAUAUUAGAUGCAGGCAACAUAUCCCUUCUCAAAAACAGAUAACGAUAGAUUUUAAUACAAUAGAAAAUAUUACCAGUCAAAGUAUUGAAGCUAUUGACAAACUCCAGAUUUAAACAUACCAUAGACUUUAUUAUUUUAAAACAUUAAAUCAGCAUUUGGUGAUGGUUACAUAAUAAUUGCUAAAGUUAAUAUCCAACUGACUUUAAAUUUAUAUGGGGGGGGGGGGGUGGAUGGACGAAUGGUUAGCACAUGCGCGCUGUAUCAUCUGUAUCAUAAGGUCUGCCAUUGAGUCAACUGUUGUGGUUUCGAUUCCCUGGUUGUACGUGACGAGGAGUAGGGUCGCCUGUCCAACCUCGUGGGUUUUCUUUGGGUCCUCCCACUGCUAAAGACCCCUAUUCGUUGGCAAAUUAUUGAAAUAAAAUUGAACCAUAUGUUAGUCCCGAAAUGACCUAGUUUGUGUCGAGUGGAAGUUAAACUCCAUUUCUCCCUCUCUCUUUAGAUUGAUACACAGAGUUUAAGGUCUUUGAGACAAACAAGUAUUUUGAUUUUCAAUGAUUUUUAUACGCCCACAUUGAAAUGUGGUCGUAUAUUGUCGUCGCCCCUGUCCGUCCGUCCGUCCGUCCGGCGCCCACAAUUGCUUGUGGACGCUCUAGAGGCUAAAGUUAAUAUCCGAUUGACUUUAAAUUUAUAUACAGUGUUUAAGGCCAUGAGACGAAGAAGCCUAUUGAUUUUCAGCGAUUUCCGAUAAUUACUGCCAGAGUUAUGGCCCUUGAUCACUUCAAAAAAUCUUGUGGGCGCUCUAGAAGCCAAAGUUAAUAUCCGAUUGACUUUAAAUUUAUACACAGAGUUUAAGGUCAUGAGACAAAGAAGCCUAUUGAUUUUCAGCGAUUUCUGAUAAUUACUGCCAGAGUUAUGGCCCUUGAUCACUUCAAAAAGUCUUGUGGACGCUCUAGAGACCAAAGUUAAUAUCCGAUUGACUUUAAAUUUAUACACAGUGUUUAAGGUCAUGAAACGAAGAAGCCUAUUGAUUUUCAGCGAUUUUCGAUAAUUACUGCCAGAGUUAUGGCCCUUGAUCACUUCAAAAAAUCUUGUGCACGCUCUAGAGGCCAAAGUUAAUAUCCGAUUGACUUUAAAUUUAUACACAGUGUUUAAGGUCAUGAGACGAAGAAGCCUAUUGAUUUUCAGCGAUUUCCGAUAAUUACUGGCAGAGUUAUGGCCCUUGAUCACUUUUAAAAAUCUUGUGGACGCUCUAGAGGCAAAAGUUAAUAUCCGAUUGACUUUAAAUUUUAUACACAGUGUUUAAGGUCAUGAGACGAAGAAAUCUAUUCAUUUUCAGUGAUUUUCGAUAAUUACUGCCAGAGUUAUGUCCCUUGAUCACUUUAAAAAACCUUGUGGAUGCUCUAAAGGCUAAAGUUAAUAUCCGAUUGACUUUAAAUUUUAUACACAGUGUUUAAGGUCAUGAGGCGAAUAAUCCUAUUGAUUUUCAAAGAUUUCUGAUAAUUACUGCCAGAGUUAUGUCCCUUGAUCACUUUAAAAAACCUUGUGGAUGCUCUAAAGGCUAAAGUUAAUAUCUGAUUGACUUUAAAUUUAUACACAGUGUUUGAGGUCACGAGGCGAAUAAUCCUAUUGAUUUUCAAAGAUUUCUGAUAAUUACUGCCGAAGUUAUGGCCCUUGAUCACUUUGAAAAAUCUUGUGGACGCUCUAGAGGCCAAAGUUAAUAUCCGAUUGACUUCAGAUUGAUACACAGAGUUUAAGAUCUUGAGACGAACAAGUAUAUUGAUUUUCAAUGAAUUUUUAUGACUUGGAACAGCUAAAUCCAUGAUACAGUAUUAAAAGUUUUGUAUGGGGCAGAACUUUAUAAAAACCAAACAAAUUCUAAUGGUUUUCUGAGUUGUUGCUCUUAAUCAGAUUUUAGUGUAUUAUAAAUGUUUCAUUACCGAAAAAAGUAAAAAAUAUGCGACAACUCUUGUUGACUGCCCGGAAGAUUUAGCUGCUGUGGGCGUAUGUUUCAUUGCCUGGCAACAUAUCUUUGAUAACUUGAACAGCUAAAUCCAUGAUAUUAAAUUUUUGUAUACUAAACGUCAGCAUGGGUCAGAACUAGAAUCCAAACAAAUUCUAAUGAUUUUCUGAUUGUUACUUAAUGAGUUAGUACUCUUAAUCAGGCUCGCUAGCCUGGAGGUCGGGUGUUCGACCCCUGCAUUGGCCGAGAAUGUUUAUCAGGAUUUUCCGACGUGGUUUCCCAUUGUCAGUGGUGCAGAAUGGAGGACGUAACAAGAACAGCUGUCGACUCGUUUGGAUGGAACGGAAAACCGAGGUCCUGUGUAUACAUUGGCAUGUACGUAAAAGAUCCCUUGGCAGGUGAACUUUGAUAUAAAAGUAGGCCAUAGUGCUGCUGCCCGGGCAAAAUUUCCCUCAUAGCACACUGUAUGACGUAUGCCCGUCUUCAUAAGACCAGCAUAAGACCAGUCGGAGCAUAACAGUAGUACAUUAAACCCCAUUUCAUUUCACUCUUAAUCAGCUUAAUCAGAUUUUAAUUUGUUAUAAAUGUGUAAUUACCGACAAAAGAAAAAUCUGACAACUCUUGUUGACUGCCUGGAUGAUUUAGAUGCUGUGGGCAUAUGUUUUGUUGCCUGACAACCUAUCUUUGUAUAUUGUGUACAGUAAUAAAAGAAAUGUUUAUAUAUAUUUUCAUGCACUUUAUCAUUUAAAGAAUAUUAAUAUAAAAAAAAAUUUAUAUACAAUUUGUGUUUAUAGAUAUAUAUAUAUGUAUUGCAAAAUUUGAUGAACAUCAUUUUGAAUGAUCUACAAAUCUAAAAAUGUUUCUCAGUAUGCAGAUUGUUUUUAUGAUUUGAUGGAGCUAACACUUAGAUAAUUAUAAGUGUUAGGAUUUAAGUUAAUUGUGGGGUAAAAUUUCAUAAACCUUGCUAAGGUAAGAGUGACACAUUUCAGAGCAAGAGAGUACCAAUGCUGUUCAUAUCUUGUCCAAUUUACAGUAAUUAAGACUUUUUAAACUAUUGCUCCAAUCAUUUUGUAAUUGCAAAAAGGGUGAUUGGUGUACACUUUUUUUUUUCUUUUUUUCCAAAUAAAAGUGAAAUAAAAAAUUAACAGCAUAAA